AUGGGUUUAAUGAAUGUGUUUUCGUUUUUAAUUUUUAGGUCAUUGGCAUCUCUUGUCACGUCCCGACCAAUCCAUGAAACCGCCAUUGUUGAAAAACAUGAGCAAUGGAUGGUUGAUUAUGGUCGAAAAUAUAACAGCGAAUCGGAGAAGGAGAAGCGUUUUAAUAUAUUCAAGGAGACCUUCGAAUAUAUCGAGAGCUUCAAUACUGUGGGAAACAGGAGUUUUAAGUUGGGACUGAAUGAAUUUGCAGAUUUGAUACAUGAUGAAUUCAUUGCAGCUCACACCGGAUAUCAUAAGAUGGAUAGUUCUGAAUCAACAUCGUUUAGUUAUGCAAAUUAUUCAGAUAUUUCAAUGGAUCAAGUGCCACUGGAUAUAAGCUUCGAUUGGAGGGACCGAGGUCCCGUCACUCCUGUUAAACAACAGGGAAAAUGCAAUAGUUGUAGGGCAUUUUCAGCAGUGGCAGCCAUCGAAUCAUUAACCCAAAUCAACACAGGCAAAUUAACCUCAUUAUCGGAGCAAUAG